AUGAUGGCAGCAAUAAAUAAUUUGCAGGAGACAAUUAAAUCUUUACAGAGUGAUAUUCAGGCACUUAAACGUAAAGAUACUGAAAUUAUGGAAACUAUUAUUCAAGAGAUGUCAGACCGGCAAAAUCGUCAAAACAACUUAAUUUUUUACAAUGUUGUUGAACUACAAGGAGGAAAUACUGGCAAUAAACAAGCUGCAGACACAGAAAAUGUUAUAAAUAUACUGGGUAGGAUUAUGCCUAAUAAUUCUAUCCAAAAUAUAAGAUUAGUUAAAAGAUUAGGAAAAUCCUCAUCAACAGGAAAACCUGCACCGUUAAAAGUAGAAUUUGAAACUAAGGAUGCUGUCUACGCAGUUCUUAAAAAUAAAUAUAAACUUAAGGAGGACAACAGUCCAGUACAAAUUUCUACAGAUAAAACGGCUAUGGAAAGGCAACAUUUUAAAUCUAUUUUGGAAGAGCUUAAGCAACGGGAGGAGAAUGGAGAUAAAGACUUAUUCAUAAAGUAUAUUAACGGAAAUCCGACCAUUGCGAAGUCAAAAAAGUGA